CUGAAAUCGACCUGAUUCCCGCAGCAAAGCACCAUGUAAUGAAGAUAUGAUAACGACUACUAGGGAAGAUGUGACUCUGCAGUAGGGCGGCUAGGGAGUACAGUGGGAAGCUCUUCUUCUAAGCCAGACACUUCGCAAGCGCUGAUGCCUGUACUUCGUAUUGAUGAAAAAAAAACUGGCCUAAAACAAAGUAGAAACACGGUCUGGUCCUAGUCAACAUGUGAACAAGCAGCCGUCCAGAACUUGUUCCGAAGUACAUAAAGAUGAAUGUUUUGCAGGGGCUCGCGGAGCUUUCUAAGCAGAGCGCCGACGUGGUGUCGCAACAGAACGAGCUGGAGCGAUUGCUAUUGCGAGGAAAAAUCCCACCUCUCCAUACUCGUGCGUUGUGUGCUGGACAAAUAUUGCUAAAAGGUAAAGAGGAGCAGCUGCCUUGCAAUUUGUCAUGCUAUUCCAUUCCUUAUGUCUGCUGCACUUUGCAAGUGCAACGCUUUUGGAUUUGCAUACGUGGCAACAGUGUGAUUGUUAUCUCUAUGCGUUCUUUAUGUAUGACAACUUGAUUUUUCAUUUUUGUUCACAUGAGAAAUUUCCUUUGGAGUAUCGACACGGGGGCUUUUUCGUUUCGAUAGUUGUCGCAAGAGAACGAGCGGCUCUAUGACAAGUACAUUCGCGAGAAGGAGCAGCGAAUCCUGCUGGAAAUGGAUCAAGUCUACCAGAGCCUGCAGAAAAGCGUGCAGCAUCUUCCCUCGGGGCCGCCGCGGCCGCCCCCCCUGGGGGGCACAAGUGGUGCAACAUCGACAAACAGCUCGACCUUUCGCCACCAGGCCCUGGGAAGCGGCUUCGGUUCGUCUGCUCGAGGACACUCCUCUUCGCCUAUCCUUUCGCGCGGCGCGGAGCCAGAGCUUCAAUUUGCCGAAAUCGGUAAUGAGCGCCAGCUGUCGUCCGAGUAUUUCGUGCAGCUGGCGCUCGAGACGGGCAACUUGGAAGAGUUGCGUCGGCAGCAAGAAGAACACGCGCGCACUGGGCGGCAAAAAGUGGUCGCUGACGGGCAGCACGAUGAACAAGAAGGUCCUCCUGUGUGCGAUUCUCGGUAUAGAAAUGAUGUCGAAGUAAAGGCGAGUGGCGCUGACUUGCCCCAGCAACGAACAACUGCAACCAGCGACCUGCACCACACUGCCACUUCCUGUCGCGAAAGCUCCUCGUCUACUUCGUAUUGCAGCCAGAUGCUGCCCAGUCCCAUCUUGCGAAACAGCAGAAGUGCAUGCGAAGAGACUGAGCGUGCGGGCGCCUUAUGGGACAACGAGGGAGACCCGCAAAUGCUGCUUCAUCGGGAUCCUGUUCCAGACAGUGACAAACACAGGAAGUCUGUCCGCUUCGUACAAAUCGAAAAGAGUAUCCAGGGCGCUCUGUCGGAAUUGGUUCCGGUCGAAGUGACGGCCGAGGAAACGAACGAGGAGGAAAGCGUGAGGCCUAUUACUGCUACUAUUACUGGAGGCACUACAGAUGCAACUCGUAUCGCUCGUGAAGGUACUGGAAGCUCUGCUCCCGCACUACCGUCCACGCAGCCGCCUGUGGUGCCAAAACUUCCUAUCCCGCAGCAGAGGGAACUACACGGGUUGCUGACCAUAUCCUCGUCCUCCGCACAGUCUCCAGCACUUGACGAGGUAGCCUCUCCUUUAACCACUCUGCAUCUCGCGAGUUCAUCCUCCUCGUCGGCCAAGCGAGAACACAGGCACCGGGCGCAGCCGGGCGGCAAGGUCAUUGCCAGAAAAAGCAAAGCGGGGCAGUCGCGUGGACCUCUUGGGGUCAGUGUGGCCCCGUUGGUCGAAAUUCCUCCGGACCCGGCUGCUGUAGAACCACCGACCCGGCGUGGAGGUGGUGUAACCGACAUUGAGGACACGGAGAUGCGCCAGCUCUACACCAGCGAUGGAUGUCCGGUGGUAUCUUCCCAAGGGCGCGGGGCUGAAAGUGCAGGUGCUGGGCUUGUGGCUUCCAGUCCAUCACUAGUUGUUCACGGUGGAGACACGGGCAAAAACACAAAUGCUGAUCGGGACGAUCUUCACAACACGCCAAAACCAAUACUUGUCGAAGUGUGCAGUGCCUCUUUAUGUGCUGCAAAGAGCAACAGGUUGUGCGACUCCUACGGCAGCCGCGACGGUCUGGUGGAAGUAGCUCUUCCACUUCCGCCUGAUGUUGAACGAUCGCCGGAACCUGCGAAUUGUGAUCGUAGCGUCCUCGUUCCGGAAGUUGCUGAUCAGGGGCCUGAUGUUUCCGUGACCCAGGUCGGCAAGUGUGCGAAGAAUGUAGCCGCCCCACCGCAGAUCGAUUAUGAUUUGUUCGGGGAUCUUAGUCGGACAGCCCUCACGCCUACCGCAUCCGAACUCCGACGUAGCGAGCCUGGUGAGCCUGUGCUUGCAACGGACGGGGCGUCGGCGAGUCCGCAGAAGUUCACGCGCGCCCGCAAUUCGUUUUCGGCAUCUUUUUUGCGACCACAGGACCGCUCGUUGCUUCAGCUGCGAAGCGCCAGCAGCAGCAGCGCCGAAGUGUCAUGCUCCACGGAAGCAGGGACGAUGACCGCAGGAGGAGCUUUUCCGACGCAGCAGCGUGCAAAAACAACAGAGGCACGACUGUUGCGUUCCAGUGGAGAUUCUCUUCACGAAAAGCUUACCUCCGGUGCUGGCGCGCACGCCGUGUGUGCCGAGACGAGAGAAGGAUGUGCGGACUUUGAGGAUAGGAAGUCCACGGGGGGCACCAGUAAAAAUAGUCGUGGCACAAACUAUCUUCGCGACGAGAAAGCUCGACACGAAGAACAAGAGUCGGAGGUGGAGCAGAAGCACAACACUGCCCGGGAUAUUAAAGAGGCGUUGGUUGAGAAUUCUUUACUUCUUCAGCGCAAUCACGGUCGGACAUCUUCAGCGCAAUCAGGCUCGUCGCGGUUCGCUCUGGACCCUGCUGCCUCGGAUUUGGCGAAUCUACCGGAUGUGAGCUCCUUCUGGCUGGAUUCUAUCGAUGCCGGGUCGUCCAUUCAUCAUUCUCCAUCGGAGCAUUGUGCUUCCCCAUCUGCAGCCAUCGAGGGACCUCGCGGUGCGCCGCAGCGCAAAGACGCAGCUCUUGUUCCCUGCGUCGACAAUGUCACUAUUGCGCGGAGCAUCGCGCCAAUUUGCCCGGAUGAGCAAGAUUUGGCACAGAUUCGGGACGAAGAACCAGAAAAGCUUCAAGGUCGAUCACAGAGAGGUGGAAGCUGUGGGGUGGAAGAUGGAGCAGGAGAAUCUGCAGCCUCGCAAUCAAGAGGGCCCGGGAACAAGUUAGCGGCAGAUGAAAAUCAUGGUACCGUGGGUGAGGGCGUUGGCGAGCAUAAGAAUGCAGAGUCGGUUGUUCAUGAUGUUGAAGAAUUCUUAGACGAUGACUUCGAGGAAAGCGGGUUGGUCGACGUAUUUCUGAACCACCUGCAGCAGGAGGCGCAGCAGCGCAAGGCAGGCCGUUAUGCACUAGUAGACACUUCUUCGCUACAUGAAAACUUCCAAGACUCCUCGCUUCUUUCGGACGGCAAUGGAGAACAUGGGCUCAAACUACACAUGGAGAUGAUGCCUUCAUCAUCAUCCGCGACGCUAUCGACCGCUGGAAAUGAUAAAGGAAUCGAAGUUGAUGACAUUGACCGCGCGCUCCAGUCCUUCGGGAGAUUCAAUGGAGCUAGCGGGGGUCGUGCACGGAACGACUAUUCCGGCACGUUGGUUGAUGAGACUUCUGAGCCCCGUGGUGGCGGAAGCGCGACGUUCGCUGGUGAAAACAACAACGCGAAGAUCAUGGGUGCGGGGCCAUCUUUGGUGCACCAGUCUCCCGCCUCGGGCUCCGGCUCUAGUCAGCAGCGGCCCAACAAGGCCGAGGAGCAUGGGGAUGACGGACCGCAGCCGGAGAGCCUGGGCUGCGUCGUGUGCUCCGAUGUGUGGACCAGUACUAGUUCGAACAGCACCUCGAAUGAGGAAGAGUGGAAGACAGCCCGCCCCGUACUAGAGGAGGACGAGGAGAGUAGGAGUGGUGCACGAGCCGCCGUAUUGGUCGGUGAGGACAAGAACGACCACGACGGCGGACCACGAUCGCUACUGGGGUCCAGCGCGGGCAGUCAGGGCGGUACCGGGACGCGGCUCGACCUGAAGAAGACGCAGGCCGCCUUGUCCGCUGCCACCGGCCUGGAAGACGACUUGAAGCGCGACUUGAUGCAGUUCCUUGCGGAGCUGGGCGACUCGGCGGGAGCAGCUUCAGGCGCGGACUCCAAAGCCAGUAGUUCAAGUAUAGGAGGAGCCGGUUGUAGUGCAGCCCCGACGCUGCGAACGCGUUCGAUUUCGAGGUCCGCGACUGAUGCAGCAGCCUCUGAACGUGCUGGUGGUCGAGAAGGGGACGACGAACAGCAUAGCAGCAACCUGCUUGGUAACAGCUGCACGAGCACUGGCAGCGGGAAAACUAAACUCUUGUGCGAAAACCGCCCGCCAAAAAGAAGCAUUCUGCACAGCGUGGAGGAUAUGGUGCGGCAGAUGGAGAGUAGCACUUGCAGUGACCGCUGGACUGCACGAGGCCGGUCUUUACAAGCGGGGACGCAAAACAUGAUGCUACAGGUAUAUUACUCCUACUCGUCUCUCGGAUCUACUAACUACUUUCCUGUUUGUUUGUGAUUCAAAAUGAUGGUCAGACAGAUUUUUUAGAAAUGUGUCAGGCUGCAAAUUAAGCAACAGCCGGCUCGUUAUAAGUACAUUUCGAGCUGGAAAAUUUUUCGAGCUGGAAAAUAGUUCGAGCGGGAAAAUAGUUCGAGCUGGAAAAUGUUUCGAGCUGGGAAAUAUUUCGAGCUGUUAAAUAUUUCGAGCUGGGAAAUAUUUCGAGCUGGGAAAUAUUUCGAGCUGGGAAAUAUUUCGAGCUGGGAAAUAUUUCGAGCUGGGAAAUAUUUCGAGCUGGAAAAUAUUUCGAGCUGGAAAAUAUUUCGAGCUGGGAAAUAUUUCGAGCUGGAAAAUAUUUCGAGCUGGAAAAUAUUUCGAGCUGGAAAAUAUUUCGAGCUGAGAAAUAUUUCGAGCCGGAAAAUAUUUCGAGCCGGAAGAUAUUUCGAGCUGGAAAAUAUUCCGAGCUGGAAAAUAUCGCGAGCUGGAAAAUAUUGCGAGCUGAAAAUGUUGCGAGCUGGAAAAUAUUUCGAGCUGCAAAAUAUUUCUAUUUCGAGCCGCAAAAUAUUUUUGGCCGUUGGGCGUUGGGCGACUUCCCAAAUCGCGACAGCUUUGGAAAGUAUGAAAAUUGUCAAAAAAAUAUUCGGCGUGGACGAUUUUCCUCCCUGUUGCAAAAUUUUAACUGCCCCUGCUCAGCAAUAGGAGUUAUAAAUACUGGCAUGAUCUUCAGGCCUGCUCGGAUUUUUCGCUAGUGCAGAUGGAAGCAAGUGAGAUGUCCGCCGAGUCACGUGCGGGCUUCGCUGUAUUUUCGUCGCGGAGCCGCCCCGAGGACCAAAACCGGAGGUACGAACACGAAGAGGAGCAUCAUUCCGAUGUUGAGAUGGCGGAGAACGACGAAGAGGUUGGCAACAUCGUGGUGCGCACCCCUGCUUGUAGUGAUCAAAAUGCGCAGAAAAAUCAUGCCAGCAAGGAAACGCAUUUGUUGCACUUAGAAGACGCAGGGACUGUGCGGGGAACAGGAAAGACGGAGCGUCUGCAUCCCAUCGGAAUAAAGAUCGCCAACGAGGUCGAGGAACUCGCCCUGCGCCACGACAAGCCUGUAGUUGCUGAGUAUGUGCAGACACAGGGUGCUGCAAGCAUGCUAAUCGAGGGAGAUCAUCCGCACGUUGAACACGAUUUGAUUCUCGCGCCGAUGACACUCGACGACGAAAGCAGUGCGCUAAAGAUGGAGCUCUGCGGGCCUCCCGGCAGAUCGAGCGACGCUGGUUUUUUGGCUUCAGCAGAAGCUCCGAACAAGCACCUGUUCACACCUGGUGGUCCGUCUAUGUGUAGUUCCGACUUUCCAAAGGAAGUAUUGGCACCAGCGGAGCAGGAAACUGUUUCACUGCUCUGUGAAGAGGAAUCUGUAGCUCUCGGCCAACAUGGUGCACAAGAAGAAGACCCUGCCUGUGAUCGGCGGGAACACGUACGUCAACACGAAGAGCUCAGAAAUUCGAAGUCAGUUAUCGAAAAGUCGCCCGUGCUGCACUUCGGGCACCAGGGGCAGCAGCAGAAUUACAAGUCGCCCGAAAUAGAAGACACAACACCCCUCGCACACAAGCAACCUUUUGGCAACCAAGCGCGUGGUCGACCACCCGCGGCAACAAAUAACGCGUGGAUGUUGCCACGAGAAUCGUUAGUGGAAGUGCCGUUUUCGGAAAUUCUGCUCGCGUCGACGCGCCUCCAGGAUCGCGACGUAUCGGGGACGUCGACGCUGCUUUAUCCUAACGAGUCGCAGCAAUCAGAUUCCCGCGACGUAGUGCUAGGUGCGGAGAUGUACUCUGUCGUCGAGGACGAAGAGGAACAGCGAGGGUACUCUUGUGUGGUAGUGCACUUGAUUUAGUUUUAGAAGUGUUUCUACUUUUCCUAAUCUCCAAUAGAAGAAAACAGAAAGCCACCGACAGAGGGCUCGCUUUGUUUUUGGACUGCGAUUGAUUUUAUGCAACAUUCCUUGUCGCAGAAAAAGGAACUGAAACGAAAAUAAUCGGAAGUGCAUGCAACUACAUCCCAAAAUUACGACACAGGACACCAGAGGACUCGGCCUCCGGGCAGGAACAGCCAGACAUUGCUGGGGUUGUAAGUGCAGAGCGAUACGCGCGUGUGGCACGCAAGCCGGCUGGUUUCAGAGACCACAGGUACACCUACGAAAACCGACCUGGCCCGCACUGCAGCGCAUCUUGGGAAGAUUAUGAAAUUUACAUACUAGAGACGAGGAGUCCUCCUGUGGUUUCAUCAGGUGCUGCGAAGAUGGAUGUGCAUGUGACACUUGCUUUGCACUACUUACUUUUACAGGUAUUCGUAUUAUCAGCAUUGUUUGAGGACAUACAUACCCCGGCCACUGAUGAAAAGAGCUGGCUCGAGUCCUAUGAUUGGAAGUUCCAUACACACCUGUCUUCGAUUCAGGGCAGCUGGACGACACUGCAGCAAGCGCGGCUGAAAAAGCCGCGGAAUAACCCCUGUGCCUCGCUCGAAUUCUCGCGCAGCAUUCUCCAGCGCCUCGACAACUUGGCCGAUAUGAAGUGA